UACACUUUGCUCGACUCUGAUGCUGGAAAACCAGGGAAAGGACUCUCCUCUGUGAUGAUCGCCAUUAUGCCGCUCCACUCCUGAGCGUGACGUCACCAGGCGCGUGCCUCUUCACGGCCGGUCAGGAAUGUUCGUGUGUGAGCUGCAUUGAUAACGCGGGUGUGUGUGUGCUGUUGGUGACAUGUGGGACAUCGAUAUGGAGUAACAACACAGCCGACAAUGGCAACACCGUGAGGGAAGCAGAUUGUAAUGGCAGACCCAGAAGUGUCAGGACAAAGUGGGGGCUACGAUGUGGACAUGUUUGUGGACCCCCCAGACUACGAUCUGAUCUGCACUAUUUGCCAAGGAGUCCUCAGAUGUCCAGUGCGAGCUGCGUGCCACCACAUCUUCUGCAAGAAAUGCAUCCUACAGUGGCUAAAAAGACAGCAGACCUGCCCCUGCUGCAGAAAUCCGGUCAAUCCGAGUUUGAUCUUUGUCAUGUUCAAGCUGAGCAAAUCCAUUGGUCGCAUGAAGAUCAAGUGCACAAAUGAGAUUCGGGGCUGUGCAGAGACUUUCUCCCUCUCAGAACAAUACUGCCACAGCUUGAGUUGCCUGUAUGAGCUCAUCCCCUGCCCAUACCAGGGAUGCAGGGCACAGCUUCUCCGCAGAGACCUGGAGACUCAUGCACGCCACUGCGAGCACUGGAGUCAGCCCUGCAACAUGGGCUGUGGUGCAAUACUCUCCCACCGCACCCAAUCUCAGCACAACUGUUAUAAGCAGCUGAGACAAGAGUACGAAGUCAAGCAGAGGAACCACAGGGCAAUCGCUGCAGCACUACAGAGGAAGAUGAAGAGGAUGCAAAGCACAAUGGCCCACAUGAAAAGACAGCUGGGGCUCAUCUGUGAGAGCCUGGAGGGGAUGGAUGAUCUGUAUGAGGUGGAGGAGGAUGAACAAGGUGAGAGCAGUGGCAGUUCUAAUGGGACCCCAAGUGGCAACAGGAAUUACUGAGGGUGUCAGCCUGUUAUUGCUUUUCUCCAUCAAUCUCUAAGUGUGAUUUAAUUUAAAAAAAAGGUGAUUGCGUUAAAAUGAGUGAAUUUACUGAUAUAUAUCUAAUAUUUUAGUUUAUUUUUAUUAUGUAAAUAAAGUUUUCAAAAUCACAA